AAUAUACACAUACUCCCCAAAUGACAAAUUUGCUACUAAUCUAUAUCGUUACGUCCAUAAUGCCGUUAUCACGAUUAGAUCUCGAACUCGGCUGUCUUUGCCGCCACCGCCAUUAACACCGAUUUUGCGCAGCCCGUUGCUUACUCCAUUUCUUCUCGUCACUCGUUUUUUUUUUUCCUGUUUAAAUCUUGUUUAGCUCAAUUCUGCUAUAAUCUGAAUUCAUAGUUAGGGUUUAAAUCUACUGCAUUAUUUUAUUUUCUUCAUUUUCGUUUGAAUUGCGAAGAUUUGCAAGGGUAAUGAAACUUUGAGGAGAUUUGAAUUGAGAUUAAGAAUGAGAUCGUGCAGUGGAUGGCGUCGUUUUAUUCUUUGUUUCUUUAUGUUGCUCAUCUUAUUCCACCUCUUCUCUGUUCUCGAAUUGCAUUCAAACUCAGUUGUACAAGGUCCUUCGAAGAAAGGAAAUAAAAAGUCUGACCAUCUGAUUCUUGGUCCUGCUGCUGGCCAAGGCUUGCUUAAUCGGUUACAAUGCCAAGGCACCAAAGCUCUUAACAAGACCCUUUAUCCAACUUCUUCCAGUACUGGAGACAACGUUGCCUUUGUUACUGUUUUUACCAUUUACAAUACUUCAUUAGAUUCUCAUGCUGAUAGCAGAUCGUCAAGUUCGGUUUCUGUUGGGAAUGUUUCAUAUAGCAAGACAGAGAGGUCAAUGGCCAUUUUGAAUAUAUUCAUUAAUUUCAUUCAGGUGACAAUGCCUCGGAGCAAUGUUAUCAUUCUAACCGAUCCAGCAUCUGAUAUCUCACUGCAGAGAGAAAAGGUCACUCUGUAUCCCAUUGAGGGUGAAUACUCGCGUGAAAAGCUGAUGCUUCAAAGAAUCAGAUCUUACAUUACUUUUCUAAAUACAAAGCUUAAGGAGCUUGCUCACAACCCGGGGAAAUCAAGUCAUUACAUCUUUACCGACUCAGAUAUAGCUGUGGUUGAUGACCUAGGGCACAUUUUUCAAAGAUAUCCAAAUUUUGAUCUGACCCUUACCUUCCGGAACAACAAAGAUCAACCUUUAAAUUCUGGGUUCAUUGCAGUGAGGGGAACGCCCGAGUCAAUUUUGAGGGCAAAGAAUUUUCUUCAAGAUGUUCUAAAAGUUUACUCUUCUAAGUACAUCAAUGCUUCUCGAAUGCUUGGAGACCAGUUAGCUCUUGCCUGGGUUAUAAGAUCGCACCCUGGUUUUAACUCGCAGAGAUUUGGCAAAGCAGAGGCUUUUGUACAAGAAAUCAAUGGAGCAUCGGUGCUCUUUUUACCAUGCGCAACAUAUAAUUGGACACCUCCUGAAGGGGCGGGCCAGUUUCACGGAAUGCCAUUGGAUGUGAAGGUGGUGCAUUUUAAGGGAUCAAGGAAACGAUUAAUGCUCGAGUCAUGGAACUUCUUCAACUCUUCUUCUGAUAUUUCUGAUAUGCUGUGUCUUAUUCUUCUGAGCGGAAGAACUAAGUAUGAUUUUUGAACUACAAUACUUGUGUGCCUAUUCUCUUGCAGUUUUGUUUACAAGGUCCAUUGUAUCAACCUAGCUAAAUUACCUGUUUAAUUCGGUCUCUCUGAACAUAAUAUGUAGACGCCCACAAAUAUCUGAUUAACUUCCGUAAAAAGGACUGCCUUUUGCGCUUGAUUUUCUCGUUGCUACGAGGGCAAUAUAAAGCUUGACACACUUCUUGUUGGCA